UCCAUGACGACAAGCCGUACAUGUGCGGGCUGUGUGGACAAAAGAGUCGCUACUCGUGCUGCCGAUACCGGACUGUAUUGGCGAAGCAUCGUGAGCAUGGAAGUCGUAGCCGACUGCCGGCCGAUAAAUUGUUUACUUGUGAUGUUUGUGGAAUGCAGUUCCGUUACUUGAAGUCGUUCAAGAAGCAUCGUUUAAACCAUGCGCUGGAAAGAUUACAUGGUAAGAAGGACAAGGGAGGCGAGAGCGAACAGGUUACCAGCACCAACGAAAGUGACAGCGUAGAUUUGAGAGGGCUGGUACGCGACGACGAGAACAUGAGUGACAAUGAGGAACAAGAUGAUACGAUUGAUUCGAUGAAUGUGUCGGCUGGAUUGGAAGGCCAUAGAGAAUUUACGCCCGAUGAGGGGCAAGGAAAGAUAACAAGCUCGAUGAUGGAACAUCCACCGGUGGACUUUGAUUUCAAGAAGUAUCAAUCGUCUCAUCGUAUGGAGGCAGAAUCGAGUAGCAGUAGCAGCAGCGUCCCUUCAACGUCAUCUGCUAUCAACCAAACGCUGAAUGAUCUGAUCAACGCCGAUACACUUCCCCAUCAUCAUUUGCUGGGAUUGAAUCCUCAGGAGCAAUCGAUCUUGAACUUUCUUCGUGUGGACGCAGCCGAAAAGCAACGGGAUCGGCGAUUCGCCUGUCCCUAUUGUGGCAAGUGUGUCCGUUCGAAAGAGAAUCUGAAACUACACGUCCGCAAGCAUACCGGCGAGCGACCGUUCGUGUGUCUAUUUUGUGGUCGUGCAUUCGGCGGUAAGUCCGAUCUGACCAGACAUCUGCGCAUCCACACCGGAGAACGUCCGUACCAUUGCGAGGCCUGUGGCAAGUGCUUUGCCCGGGCCGAUUAUCUGUCCAAGCAUCUCACCACUCACGUCCACCAUAGUUCUCCGCGCUGAGAAGAGGGCCGGCGGAGGAGACGCAUGGUCCUCUGUCGGAAGUGAGCGACUUGCGUUUGAAUCCCGGUGCAGAAGUUGCUCCGUCGAGUCGCUCCUGUAGGAUAAGCAAACAUACACACACGCAUAAUCCAGCCUGUAAUUCACAAACACUCACACACUGACAAACAAAGUGACAGCAAACAAAGCAAUAAUAAUCACCGAAAUGACUGCACUCAAGAGACAAAAAAAAAUGUAGAUUAUAUGGAUGUCUUAUUUCACCCAAGAGAGUAAAAAAAAACAUUGAAGUUAAAAUAAUUUUAGUAUUUCAACAUCUAAAGCCGCCACAAGCGCGGCGAAACCAACCAUCUAAGGAAAAAUCAACGAAGAAAGCAUUAGAAAUAGUAAGGCGGAGAGAUUGAGGGAGGAAGAGAAAAAGAGAGAGAGAGAGUAUAAACAAAUAGCAAAUGUAUGAAUUGAUAACAACUUUACCUCAGUAAAACUAAAGAAUUAUGUAACGAAAACCACAGCGAUAAGGUAACACUAAAACACACACACACUGAUGAUAAGCAAAAGAAAAACAAACAAAAACCACAUUCACAAUGGAAAAAAAGGGAAGGAUUCUACUGCUGAGACCGAAUGGGGGAAACAAUUUUGGUUUCAUUGAUACUAGAUGUCUCUCAUUCAUACUUAUAUACGUGUAAUUACAUAAGACAAUUUUAAACUAACAAGCGCGUUUGGAACAGCGGCACACUAGAAGAGAAAAACCAGGGAUGAUGGGCUCUGUUUUUUAAAUUAUUUUACAUUCGGAACAAUCGGUUGGCCAAUAGCUUGAGCACGAACAUUUCACCUUUAUUAAUUUUGGAAAUCGAGAACAUUGACCGCAAACUUAUUUUCUUUGAUAAAAAGCAAGGCUUUUGCUUGGCGCUUUGCCGUACUUUGUUUAUAUUUUGCUAUUGAUUCUAGAGAGCCGAACUCAUCAUUCGUUGAAAUGUAGCAGGGGCGUUUCUUGGUCCAAAAGGCAUUCCAAUGAACUUGAAGAAGCUUAAAUCGAAGAAUUAAUGCGUUUUUUUCGGAUUUACUGCGCAGUUCUCUGUAUUACCUUCGUAUUUCGGAGGCUGAUAUUUUCUAGAAAACCUCGUCACCUUUUUAUGGUUGACACUUUCUUAUUAUAGUAAAAUCUAUUUUCAAUUGAUUCUCGAAGGAAAGAUUUUUUUAUGAUUAAGUACCAAAACAUCCUAACUGAAACAAAAAAACACAUCAAACUCAAUUGGAAGAAUCUUUGCGGUCAAUUGAAUUUCAAAAGUAGUCCAAUUAAGUGUUUCUUUGGGACACUCAAGAAUAAUAACAAACAAUUGAACUUCUCCUUGGGAAAACUAAUUAUAAAAUUGGAUCUCUCAACAAAAACAAACAUUUUCUUUUAACAUCGGUAACAAUUUAAUUUGGAAUUAACGAUUAUCAGGGAAGAUUCAAAAUAUUUCUUUUCACUGAAGUCCCGUGGCUACACACAAACAACAAAAACACUUACACGCUCAAAUUAGGAUCCAAGGAAAAGGCCAUCGGGUGCCCAGGCCAGCCGCACUAAAGUAAUUUGUUUUGUUUCGCAAGCAAAUAACCGAGAAAGCUAAGCAAACGCAAAACUCAACAACUACAACAACAAACCAACAAGAUAUAUUGAUCCGCAAUUACGAGUCUGUGAUUUUAUGUCAUUAAAACAACUAUUGCGAAUAUUUAGAGUACGCAGCAUUACACACUCCUACACACGAUAAAUGGAAACUACGCAGUAGCUACUGCAUGAUUGAGUGGUUUGGAAGACAUUCCUCAACACCAG